AUGGGUUCAUCACACCAGCCCAAACAAACGAUACUUGCUCCCGGAUCGCAAGCCGGUGGUAGAAAGUCCAUAUUUGGGGUCGCAAGUGUGCAAUCACCCGUGCAACCUUGUCAAACCUACGAUGUAGUCGAGACAAGAAUUACCAAGACAGCUUUUAAUGGUAAUCAGAGGCGUAUUUCCACUCGGCUUGACGCCUCCAUAUUGCUUGAUUUCCUCUGGCUUCGUAUCCGGGAUAAUCUGCCAAAUCCCGAGACGUGGGGGUCCGCUGAAAAAGUCACUGUUUCGCAGCAUUACUCCGAAUCUGCUCUCCUCCAGCACGUCCGGGCAGUUGGGAAACCUGUAACAGGAGAAUGGGCAAACGCUGUUUUGAGCAGCAUCCCGGAAGCAAAGUCUGCUCUCCCGGAGCAAUCCCCAGUCAACCGCUAA